CAUUUUAGACAUAGUGAAGUUGGAGAUUGGGGAAAAAAAAAACGGAAAAAGUUGUGUCAUUUCUUUAGGCAACCGAGGGAACGAAAUAUUUUUUUGGCAUUUAUUCAUAAGUUUUUUUAUCAUUUUAGUUACCCCCAGUAACAUGCCUAUAGAUAUCUAUUGAUAUUGCUGCAAAUUAAUUGAAGUAAUUGUGCAUCGCUAAACUAGUGUAUACGCCCUUGAAUACAACAGUAUAACAAAAAAGUCUAAAGUCAGCUUAGCAACAACAGUACGAUCGCUAUAAUUCGUAUUUUAAGGAAUUUAGCGAUUUGCACGCUGCUCCAGUGCCUUUAGGAGAUGAUAGGAGAAAAUGCAUUGAAGAAAAAAGGAACAAAGUUAUUAAUGUUGAAUUAGUAGUUUAUGUAAGUGUACAUUUGGUGCUUUUUAUAAAUAUAAGAUGAUAACAAGACGAUGGUUCCACCCGUCCCUGAACGGAGUAGAUGCAGAGAAACUGCUAAUGGACGUCGGGCAGGACGGCUUCUUCCUUGCGAGACCUAGCAUGAGCAACAAGGGAGACUUUACACUCUCUGUGCGAAGGGGUAACGAGGUAACGCACAUAAAAAUACAGAAUAAUGGUGAGUUUCUAGAUCUUUACGGUGGAGAAAAAUUCGCUACUUUAUCGGAACUUGUCCAGCACUACAUGGACAAUCAAGGACAGUUGCGUGAAAAAAACGGUAACAUUAUCAGGUUAAAAAUCCCUCUGAACUGUGCAGAUCCAACCACCGAGCGUUGGUACCAUGGCCAAUUGACGGCAAAAGAAGCAGAGAGAAUGAUGUUAGAGAACGGCAAAAAUGGAUCCUUCCUUGUCAGAGAGUCUCAGAGACAGCCCGGAGACUUCGUGUUGUCUGUGCGAACGCGAGAUCGCGUCACGCACGUUAUUAUAAGGAGAAAGAACAAUAAAUAUGACGUCGGCGGAGGUGAACAGUUCGAUGAUCUCGUAAGUUUAAUAGAGCACUACCGCAAUUAUCCAAUGGUCGAAACCACAGGCGAAGUAUUACGACUCAUUCAACCUUUUAAUGCUACUCGAAUACAAGCUAGACACCUUCAAACUCGUGUCAAACAACUACAAAAAGAAAAUGAGGGUCCUAUCGAGAGCAUGGCGUACAAACAGGGUUUCUGGGAAGAAUUUGAAACAUUACAGAUGAUGGAAAACUUGCAAUUGUUCGAUAGAAUGGAAGGUUCAAAACCAGAAAACAUUAGAAAGAACAGAUACAAAAACAUUAUACCGUUCGAUCACACGCGCGUCAUUUUACGCGAUAUACCACCCGACGCCCCGCCUGGUGCGGAUUACAUCAACGCCAACUACAUCCGAUGCGAGAGCACCGACUCCGACUCCAACGGAAGCUUCGAGACUCACUUUUCGCGCGAAGCCUAUUCCAAACAUAAGGACAAGACAUCGCCACAUCAUACCAGUGUCAUCAUCACAGAAGAAAAGCCGAAAGAAACGAUAAAAAGUCAAGAGAACGGUAUCCGCAAAAUAAUUCCAUCGUUCGUUCUUCGACCGAAUCCUAAUUAUGUUAACACGACCAUUCCAAAAAGUGGACUCGCGACGGAAAAUGGAGCCGUCGAGCACGUUUACAACAAACUUUACAUCGCUACACAAGGCUGCCUGUCAACCACAAUCUACCAAUUCUGGUCUAUGAUUUGGCAGGAGGACGUCCGCAUCAUAAUAAUGACGACAAAGGAAAUCGAACGCGGCAAAGUUAAAUGUGAACGGUACUGGCCGGAUCUAAAUAAGACAGAAGUCUUUAAGAAAUAUACUAUUUUUAAUGAAUCAGAAUCUUCGACUCCAGACUACACUUUGAGACGUUUCAUCGUGACGAAAAAAGACGAAAGCGAUAAAAAACGAACGAUCUACCAUUUCCAUUUCACGGCUUGGCCGGACCAUGGCGUCCCCUCGGAGCCCGGGCGGGUGCUGAAUAUCCUUUUAGACGUGAACCACCGUCUGCAGCAGAUAAUGACAGGGCCGGACGCGCCACUUCAGGCCGUGGUGUGCGUGCAUUGCUCCGCAGGCAUCGGCCGCACCGGCACCUUCAUCGUCAUCGAUAUGAUCCUGGACCAGGUUAGGAAAGAGGGGUACGACUGUGAAAUAGACAUACACCGCACCGUACAGAUGGUGAGGGACCAGCGCUCCGGUAUGGUGCAAAACGAGGCCCAAUACAAAUUCAUAUAUAUGGCGGUCCUGGAGUUCAUAGAGACGGAAAGGCAACGGUUCUUUACCUGUCCCGAAACCAAAAAGGACUCUCCUAGGCUGCGAUCACAGCCCGUACCUUUUUUAUGAAUCGUGUCAGAAAGGCGAAAUCAUUCUUAUCGAAAGCUUUAUCUGUCGGGAAUGUAGGGAUUCCUAGAUUUUAAAAUUAUAGUCCGUUCACGUAUACAUUCACAACUAAUUUCUAAUACAUAUUCCUUAAGCGAUCAAUUUCCGUCUUUGCAUAAAAGUACUUCUUAGCUAUAGCACUUUCAAUAUCGUUUCAAGGAUUCAAUGUUAGAUAUUAAAUUCAAGUUAGAACGCAACUUCCCCGCUAUUUACACGUCCUAGAACUGAUUUAUAUAGGAGAUAUAAUGCGAAAAAGUUUUCAGUUUAAUUUUUUAAAAACACAAUUAUCGGAUGACUUUUUUAUUGUUACUUGAAAUAAACUAACCCUUAUUGUGGCUUUCGAUUGCGAAAACACUACAAAAUAUCUUUAUUUGAAAC